CAGUUAACCCAGUGGAAAUUCUGUAUAGGAAGUUACAUAGCCUAAGAAAUUAAGUAAUUGAGCUAGAAACAUAAAUUCAGCUUGUUGAUUCAUGUUGCUAAAAACAGGUAAUGAUUGUGACCUAAAUAUUCCAAGUUAUUGAAUCUUUAGAAAGGAUAGGACAAAUGAGAAAAGGGGGAGGAAUAUGGACCAAAAGAACAAUUACUGUGAUAGAAGGGAUUUUAGGUAAAGGGUGAUCAGCCCAUGCAAACACUGGGAUUGAGUUAACAAACAACAAAGGAUAUAUGACUCUAGCAUGCUUAAUCUACAGCUCUCCUGAUAGUAGUCAUUUUGUGUGAGGGAGGGGUGUUGUGCAAAUAUGGAGAUUAUGAAAGCCUGCAGCAAAAGCAGUUUGGCUAUGGCAGCUUUUUUUAAAACGUAACUUAAUAGAAACAGAAUAGCUGAAAUAGAACAGGGACAAAGAUUCUUUGAGCUGAUUUUUACCUCAGCCAACCCAGGGAACAGUGGAAUGGGCAGGGGGUGGAGAGUGGUUUAAAUGGUGACCUGUGGAAACUGUUGCAUACCCCCAGGGUUCCCACUAUUUUAACACCUGGAUCUCUGUUUGCCACAGGAAUACUGUGUAAUUAAAAUGUGAAUUGUGUAUCCUGAUGAUGUAUUGUGGGCAUAAUGUGAUUUUUACCAAAAAUCAUAGGAGUUGUAUCGGGGCAAAAUCAGAAACAUAAUCUGGUGGCAGAGUCUGCUGAGAUCAGAAGAGGUGAGGUCAGAAUUUAAAUCAAUCUUUCCUCAAAGGCCUAGAGAAACUGGAAUGUUCCAUUUGAACCCGCCUACAGGGAAUUUUUGGACAUUUCCUAUAUUUUCCUUGUCUGUACUUUCCAAUACCGACACACCUUCAACCCCCUUCUUCCCAGCAUUAACUUCAUGCUGGUGGCCAUUCCCCAGGGAUCUAACAUCCUGGGGCUAUCAGCCCAGUUUCUGCUCCAGCCGUAAUCUGAGAUUUAAUUAAAGUUUUCAGUUGGCCCAGGCAUUUGGCUGAAUUCAUCAUGGGGAACCUCUGUCCACUCUGCAUUUCACCUAUGUACAAUAUACUCUGAGAUAAAAUCCAUGAAAAUAGAGUCAGGGGGAACUUAGAAAAAAAGUGUCUGAAAAAAUCUAGUUGCAUUUCACCGACAUAGUAACAGAGAAGCGUCAAUGCAUCUUGGCAAUAGGGAUUUCCAGUAAGAUCCACUCACAACAGAUUAUUAUUCACUGUCCUGACUUCAAAUAUAUCCCCGUUCCUCCAGUGUCCCUGAUUCAAACUCCUCAAAUUCCCUCCAUAAGGGCAUUGUGGGUCAACCUACAGCACAUGGACUGCAGCGAUUCAAGAAGGCAGCUCACCACUACUUUCUCAAAGGCAUCUAGUGUCAGGUAAUACAUGCUGGCCCAGCCACCCACUUUCUGAAAUGGAAUUUUUUAAAUUAGCAGACAUGUGACCAAGGAAGAAGAGCAGGCCACUUGGCCAUUUGUGACUACUCCCUCUCAAUAAGAUCAGGAUCUGAUUUGAACCUCAACUCUACAUUCCUGUUAUACCCAUGAUUACCUUCCAUCUAUCAAACAAGAAAGCACAAAGAAUUGCAGGGAAUGUGCAGAUAUUAUGACAGGGGGCUCUCGAAGGUGCAUCGUCGUCUCCACACUGGCUGAAGCAUGUUUCUAUGCUGACCAUGGCUUUGAUGACAUCCUUUAUGCUUACCCACUCCCUUUCGACAAAGUGGACAUCUGUGCUGAGCUAGCAGAACGCCUGGAGAUGUUCCACGUGAUGAUUGACAAUGAGCUGGCCCUAGCAGAGCUCGCAAAGAGGCGACUGAAAGAUGGGAAAGCAUGGCUGGUCUGGCAGAAGGUGGACUGCAACAAUGGAAGAGUCGGGGUACGACCCGAGGAUCCAGCAGCGAUGAUAUUGGCUAAAUCCAUCAUGGAAUGUGAAGGUGUGAAGCUAGCAGGGGUAUAUGCACAUUGUGGGAAUUCCUACCGUGCAACUGGAUUGGAGGAGAUUCAAGCUAUAGCCCAGGAAACCACCACAGCCACCCUGGAAUUUGUGCAGAAGUUAGAGGAAGCAGGUGUGAAGUGUCCUCGCUCAAGCAUUGGUUCAACACCUACCUGCAGUCACCCUAUACCAGACAUGGCUCGUCUCAGUGAGCUCCAUCCUGGAAACUAUGUCUUUUAUGACAUCCAACAGAUGAUGAUUGGUUCCUGUCAGAUGGACGAUAUUGCUGUGCGAGUGCUGACGAGGGUGAUAGGUCACUAUCCACAUCGGAAUCAAAUGUUGGUCGACUGUGGAUGGACGGCAUUGAGCCUGGACAGUUUGGGAAAGCUGCCGACAGGCUAUGCACUCAUUGAUGGUCAUCCUGAGCUGAAGUUGGUGGGAAUGACACAGGAACAUGGGAAAAUUGAGCCAACUUCAGGGAAACUGGAUUUUAACAAGUUUCCGCUUGGAAGCUUGAUUUCACUUAUUCCUUAUCAUGCCUGUGCCACUGCAGCAAUGCAUCCUGUCUACUAUGUGCAAUCAGAAGGGAGGAUUGUAGCCGAAUGGAGACCAACCCGAGGCUGGUAGAACAAGGAGAUCACAUGAGGAAAUUCUACUUCUGUUUCUCAUAGUGCCUAUGUUAAGUAGCAAUUCAGAUGUUGCCACUCCCCUUCCUCUCCUCACAUCUCUGUGCAGUCCUCCUCCUCCUCAGAUAUUUAAAUGUUUAGAAAAUGUGAAAACAUUUCCAGUGUAAAUGGAGGCCACACUGCCCAUUGUGUCUACAGCUCUGGAGAAAUGAGCAACACAGCCAAACCCAUUUUCUAGGAUGUGCUUCAUAUUUCUGGAAGCUAUGGCACUUAAAUGAGUCAAGGGUUUCUACCUGCACUAGUCUUUUGGGCAGUGAAAUUUAUGUGAAAUUUGGAUUCAUCUCAGCUGUGAUGCCCUCCACAAUUGAACGGCCUACUGUCAGUAAUGAACUGGGGUGAUAACUGGAGUGUGACCAAAUUCCAGGGAACAGAAUAUUUUCAAGAAUAGGCAAAUGGGAGACUGAAUACAAACUAGGAUUGCAUUUAAAGAUGUACUCAGCAUGUGUCAGAUACAUAGUGAUCGAUUGCUUUAGUUUGUUGCAAUGUGUCACCUGGUUGUGAGACAUUAUUGACCAGAUGUAGCCACUGGAGAUGGGAGUUUCAUUCUGGGGAGUCACUUUUGACUGAAUUGUGGGCCUCACUGUGUCGCUGAUUGCAUGCGUGGGCCAAGGGUCAGUGGUUAACACUGCUGCCUCAGCGCCAGGGACUCAGGUUUGAUUCCAGCCUCGGGCAACUGUCUGUAUGGAGUUUAUUCUCCCUGUGUCUGUGUGGGU